CGGUCGUCCGCACAGUAGCGCCCAAGGUGCCUCGGCAAGCAAUGACGUCGCCAGUCGCGUCCACCUAACCAAGCUCCACGCCUGAUCUCCAACACCGAUAGCACAUCAACAGAAAUGGCACAAUUCCUCUCCAAAGCAGCGCGUACCGUCCGCUUCUCGGUCCCUCAAAUCCGCUCCUUCUCGCUUUUCCCGUCUGCCAACAACCGCUCACACACAAACCGUCUCUUCGACAACAUCCGCCAACCGCAGGACCUACACACCCUGACUCUCCUCAACGCCGCCGACAACCGCUCUCUCAUCACUUUCUGGAGCGCAAGUUGGUGCCAGACAUGUCAGGCCGUCAAGCCGCUCGUUAAACAGCUCAUCGAGGAAGAACGAAUCGGGGAGAGCGAGGGUGGACUAGGAUUUGUGGAAGUUGAGAUGGACAGCACGUUGAUUGGGGAUCUGCCAAUCACGUACCGCAUAACGAGCAUGCCGACGCUGUUGGCAUUUAGUAGGCAGGAGGCGCAGUUUGACACGAGGUUGGUCAGGCCGGAGGAGAUGAAGAACAAGGACUUCUUGAGAGAGUGGCUGCUCACAGAGGCGCGGAGAGGUGGUAGGAAGGGCGGUGCAGGCGGAGGUGGCUCGGACGGUUCUGGAGGUGACAAGGGUACGAGGACCGCUCGAGGCGUGAAGAUAUCUGUAAGAUCUAGACUGUAGAGUACAAUGGAAAUAGCGUACGCCAUGAUGAGAAGUCGAUCUAAUGUAACCUGGUUCGAGUUUCUCAAAAACAACGUGCCCCGACCACAAAACUUGACUAACUACAUGGCACCUGAUACAUGUCUGACAGGAAGGACCGAGAUCCAGUGCCUGCUUUUGAUGGUUAGAUCCUAAUUUCAGGCGUGGCUGUUAAUAGAAGAAAUGGGUAUAGAACUCCAUUGUGGCGUCCGUAUUUCAUGACUAUGUUUUUUCAUUACGGGUAGUCGUCAAGUCCUUUUCUUCCUGUCUAUCUUGCUUGCGAUUAACCCUCUAGUGACCAUGCCCAUCAUCACCGCCACCACCCUGCUCCUCGGGGUCGAG